GAAGAAAACGCACUUCCGCUCAACCGGUCACAGAGUAGACUACUCUUUGUACAGCGAGACAAGCAGGAUGGCAGGCCGUCGUGUAGCCCUGAAAUCCAUCGACUGGCUGGCGUUUGCUGAGCGCGUCCCACCCAACCAGAGGAGCAUGUUCAACGCGCUGAAGACUCGCAGUGAUGCCAUCGCUGCAAAACUGACCUCGCUGCCAGAGGCUCCUGCAGCCAUCGACUGGAGCGUCUACAGGAGCACAGUGGCCAAAGUCGGGAUGGUUGAUGAGUUUGAGAAGAAGUUCAAAGCCCUGCUGAUCCCUGAGCCUUCUGACACACAGACAAGCGCCAUCAGUGCACAGGAGGCUGAAUCUAAUAAAGGUGCAUCAGUCUACAUUGAAGGAUCUAUGGCCCGCAUCGCUCAGUAUGAGCAAGAGCUGGAUAAAUUCAAGAACAUGAUCCCCUUCGACCAGAUGACCAUCGAGGAUCUCAACGACACCUUCCCAGAGACCAAGCUGGACAAGGUCAAAUACCCCUACUGGCCCCACAAGCCCAUCGCGGACCUGUAAUCCUUUUACCUGAAACUCACCUCACAAUAAAGUUUAUGUAUUGUAUAGAGAAAUCUUGUGAUGGGCUUAUUAUUUGAUACACAUUUUGGUUUGCAUGUGGUAUUGUAGGUAGAGCCCACGAGGGGGCGGUGUUGCAAUAGUUUUACUCUGAAAGUUCAACAUCUCGGUUGAAAAAGCUAUACAUUUUGACAUUCACUAUGUUGUUAAUCUAUUCCCCAUUUGAUAUCUGUAACCACUGUAUGAUAAAAGAUAUCUGUGGCACCAGGGCAAAGUUGCUUCUUUGGGUAUUAAACAAUCUCAUUGACGUGU